CAUGUGAGUCACAGGGAUUGAGCCCAUGUCUUCAGGCCUGGUGGCAGGUACCUUUACCUACUGAGCCAUCUCACAGCCCACCCACCGUCACCCCCAGAUGUGGCCAGAGCUUGCAUGUUGCUGUCUGUAAGAAGCCUCAGCCCGAUUUAAAGAUCCAGUCUCAUCUGCAGGCUCACACAUUUAAUGAAGAAAACAAGUCCAGCUGCCUGCCGCAGCCAAAGAAACAAAGAUUCUCCUGGUGAGAAGCAGGGUUUGCAGAUUAUCUGUGGUACCUGGAAGACACUUUCUUUACUGUCUCCAACACAUGAGGAAGAUGGACAGAAACAUGGUGAGGGGACCUCUGUAUAAGCAGUUCGACUUGGAGAGAAAGAGUGCCAGGCAAGCUGAAGCCAGACUCAGCCUUAGACUGCAGAGGCUGGAGGUCGUCUGUCUCUAUCACAUGAAGUCACUCGCCAGGGAGAAGAGGCAGCUUCAGAAAGAACUGCAGCGCCUGCAGCAAGUGGAUAUCAUCAAUAAAAGGUUAUCUUCUUAUGUGGGACAUGAAAUUCAGAAGAGAUCGAAAGGUGUUGUCACCGUCUCACCACAAACAAGACAAAGGCACGAAGUCCCGGAGCCUAAAAUUAGGAUACUGAAAACCAGUAUUACACAAGAAGUUAAAACUAAGAUUCAGGUGCCCUCUUCACAUGACCCUGCCCUUAAAGAUGCCCUGAGAAACCAAGAGCGCCUAUCAUCUCAAGGUGAGAGAACCAGCUACUUCAAGGAAGGGAACUCACCAGCCCGGGAGGGAAAGCCCGCAAAUCCACUGAAGGACAUGGACCCCAGCAAGGAUGUCUCUGUCUCACGUCACAACCAAGAGGUGUCCAUCAACAAGACAGAAGACAUCCGCGUGUCCAGCCCAGAUGGUGAGAGAAGAUCAGCAUCUACUAAUGAGACUAGAUCCAAAAAUGCCAAUAAGAAGCCACACGGGGAUGCUGAUGUACAAAAUCUCCCCAGCUCCAUGGACUAUACAGGAAGCCUCAAAGAUGAAUGCACAAAGCCAACCUUCCUAGAGCUGUUCGCAAAGGCCAAAAAUGCCCACUAUCUCCGCCACAGGGUGACCCCUGAGUCUGAGAGAUUACUUAGCAUCGGGGAGAUAUUUGGACACAGAGACUACUCACUACCCAGAGCAGGGGAAAAGCUGUGAAAAUGGUGCCAAGUCCCUUCCUCUCUGGCUGUGUAAUGACGCCUGACCAGAAGAUAAUCUGUAAUCACUAUGGAAAUGUGACCCAUCAAAUAGCUGCCAUAGCAAUGCACAGAAAUAAACAGAAAUGCAUGACAAACUUUCUUUUGCAACCUCAGGGCCCCUGCUCUCUAGAUGGUCUUUCUCUUAAUAAACAAGGCUACUAUGAAAGAGAAGGAGAGGGAAAAUAUUAUGAAAAUAUUUUAAGUUGCGAACCUAGGUUUAUUUUGAAGAAGAAAGUCUUGUUUGUCCGAAGGUCUGUCCUGUAUAGGAGAUGCUUAUACUGCCACCUGCUGGCCAAAUGGCAUAGCUGUUUGCCUAGUUUUCCUUUCUUUGGGGGUUUGCAUAGGAACCCAACUGAAAUCAUGUACAGUGAGUGACAUGGUCUCCAAAUAAAACCUGUUCAUGCC